GACACUUGAAUUAGCUUUAGCAAAAGAGAAAUGGAGGAGCCAUAGAACAUUAAGUAAAGAUGAAUUCAGGAAGACCCGAGACCAUGGAAAACUUGCCUGCUCUCUACACUAUUUUCCAAGGAGAGGUUGCUAUGGUGACAGACUAUGGAGCCUUUAUCAAAAUUCCAGGCUGUCGGAAACAAGGUCUUGUCCAUCGAACUCACAUGUCAUCCUGUCGAGUAGAUAAGCCCUCUGAGAUAGUAGAUGUUGGCGACAAAGUGUGGGUGAAGCUUAUUGGCCGAGAGAUGAAAAAUGAUAGGAUAAAAGUAUCCCUCUCCAUGAAAGUUGUCAACCAAGGGACUGGGAAAGACCUGGAUCCCAACAACGUUAUCAUUGAGCAAGAAGAGAGGCGGAGACGGUCCUUCCAGGAUUAUACCGGGCAGAAGAUCACCCUUGAGGCUGUCUUAAACACUACCUGCAAGAAGUGUGGCUGUAAAGGCCACUUUGCAAAGGAUUGCUUCAUGCAGCCAGGUGGGACCAAAUACUCUCUGAUACCUGAUGAGGAAGAGGAGAGGGAAGAGGCAAAGUCAGCUGAGUGUGAGAAGCCUGACCCCACUAAGAAUUCUUCUAGAAAAAGAAAGAAGGAAAAGAAGAAAAAGAAACAUAAAGACAGGAAGUCAUCUGACUCUGACAGCUCAGACUCUGAGAGUGAUACAGACAAGAGGGCAAGACAUACAUCAAGAGACAGUAAGGCAGCAAAGAAGAAGAAGAAGAAGAAGAAGCACAAGAAGAAGCAUAAGGAGUGAUAGUGGAAAGAGUGGAGGGGGUGGUUGGGAGAAUAGGAAACCAGGAGCCUUGUCCCUUGAAGCCCUUGGUCCUGAAAAGACUUAUAGAGAGAAUAAGGCCUCCCACCCCAUUUACUUCUCUCCCAUGGGAGAUGGCUUCCCCUCAGACAGCAGGCAGGUUUGGGAGUCAGAUGUCAAGAGCAGUUGCCUGAAUGAGUUGUUGUAUCCUUAUCACUUCUGGUCAUUUUGCAGGUGAUCUCUGCAGCUCACCCAUGCAUUCACCCAACAUCAUUCAGCAGUAGAUCCCAUUGCCCUUUCCAGCUGCCGCUGCCAGAGCUGGAUUCCUGUACAGGAGCCCAGGCUAGAGCCACAGAUACUGCUGUGGCAGCAAGUCUGGCUGUAGUCAGAGAAGAACAGUGCAGUCGUUCCUUCCGUGCUGGUCUGUUGGGCUGAUUGGUGGGUGAUCCUUGUUGCCUUCAGCAUGGAGGCAGAGGGAGACUGGCAGCAUGAGGGGAGAGCAUGGUGGAAAGUGGUGCUCACUACUUCCAUUCUCCCUAACAUGGCUCCGCUCUACUACAAAUGGCAGCCAGUGACUACAGCAGUAAGUGGUUGUCUGCAGUAAUUGAGCUCGUGUGUGAACAUUCCUCCAGACCACUGAACCAGACAGCCCAAGCCAAGAUUGUUGCUCUACUUUGUAUUUACUACUGUGCAAGUCAGUUCCACUUCAUGUCUCUGCUUCAAUUCCUGGCAUUUGAUGGAAAUGUGUUUGGUUUUAAACU